AUGCACAUCAGACCGGGCGAAAUGGCCGGCGCCUGCGGCCGUACUGGCAGGUACCCCUCCAGAUCAAUCCGCGAGAGGUUGAUAACCGUGCCGCAAGAUCCGUUCACUCUUUUGGGAACUAUCCGCUAUAACGUCAACAUGAUGGGAGUUUCUAGUGACAGCCAGAUCACAUCUCUGUCAAGGGACAUUGUCGUCUGGGUAGCGAUUGAAAGCCCGGGGGCCCUAGACGCAGUCCUCGAGGACCACCCACUGUCACAAGGAAAACAGCAACUCUUCUCUCUGGCACGGGCGAUUCUGAAAAGCCGAAUCAGUCAUGGUGGAUGUCAGGUACUUAUUUUGGAUAAACCCACCAGCAGGCUUGAUGCCCAAACAGACCAGCGAAGGCAGAAAGUCAUGCGAGACGCAUUCCAUGACUGUACUCUCACUGUGGCACAGCUUGACACCAUCAUAGACUUCGAUCAAAUUGCCGUGUUGAAUUCUGGAUGUCUUUUUGAGUUUGAUACUCCGCUAAAUAUUCGUGCCAGAGAUGGUUUGUUCCAGCAGAUACACUCUGGUACAGAUGAACAAAAGCCUUCGAGUGAACUUUCUCAAUAG